AUGAAGGAAAGUUACUUAGGAGAUGUUUUAAAAUGUGUCCAACAUGGAGGCGAUGUGGAAAAUGAGCUAAAGAAUUUCUUCACAACACAUAUUCCGUUGAGUGUCGAAAUUGUGAAAUUAAAAAUGGGAAAGGACAAUGAAGAAGUGUUUGUGAAACUGAAGAAAAAUAUGAACAAGCUAAUUAACGAAUGUUUUUUUGUCAUAUAUAAUAUUAUCAAUAGCAUACUGAGAGAUAGCAUGAGAAUUGAAAAUGUUAGAGAAGAAGAAAGGUACAACUUAAUUUACGUAUGGUUCGAUCCAAUUUGUGAAAUGAUAUCGAAGAGAAAAGAAACAACAACCUGUUUUGAAACUCCAACGAAUGGAGAUACCGAGGAAGAGAAAGAGAAAGAGGAACAAUGUGUUGUUGCCUCGUACAACUCUUUAGAUUUUCUUUUAGAUGAAGAAGAAGGAGAAGGUAUUAUAACGACUCAGAUGAAACGUUUACACCCUUCAGGUGGAGUUUAUCUGAGUGAGUGGAUAAUAUCUGGAAUUAAUAAAGCAUUCAAUAUGCUGAAUGGGGAAAAUGACAGCAUUAGUAAUAGUAGAAGCAAUACCUUUGUAGCCCUAGAGAAUUGGGCGUUCAUUCUCGAUUUGAUGAAGUUUAUAUAUGCUGAUGCGAACAUCCUAUCCAAGUAUAUAUGUGGGGGAGUGUUAAACCGAGCAGAUGGUGACGCACACCCCAGUCUGACAUAUUCGAAAAAUAAUAAUAAAUAUAUAAAGGAAAUUACGAAAAGGGAAAAUAAUAUUGAUACAGAAUUGGAAAAAUACCAUGAAGAUAUUUACAAUAUCUUUAAGGCUUAUUUUGCUUUUCCUUUUAUUCUAUUUAAGUGUAUAGUAAAUGUAGGGAUGAAAAAAGGAGAUGAUGAAAAGAGGAAAUUGUAUAUAUAUAAUCACAUUAUUCCGAAGGAAUUGAAUGAUGAAGGAUUUCACAAGCAUAUUGUGAAAACUUGUGUAUCUCAUUGGCUUCACGCAAACGAGUAUGGAGUGAACUAUGAAAGAAUGGCCCUAUUGACAAAGAGGAUAAUAGGUUGCCAUUUGGUAAAUCCAUUUUGCCACACAUUGUUGAGCGUUCUGCUGAGGGUAAGUGAAGUCGAAGAGACCCAUGACAUACCAAAAAAAUAUGACAAAAAAUAUGAAAAAAAGAAUACACACAUAUUAAUCCGUCUUAAUUACAUUUUGGAGAACCUUUUUUAUUACAUACACCUGCAUUGUCAUGGGGAACAUGCAGGAGAAAGGCUGCUAACAAGUAUUAUAAGAAGCAUGUGCCCAUUUGUGAAAAUUGUUCAAAAUGAAAAUAAACUGUCUUUAUGUUUAUUUAACAGAAACGUAGAGGAUAUUUUAAGCGUAAUUAUUAAUAUUACAUUUUUGUAUAAGUGGAACUUUUUCAUUUUGGAAAAUUUUUUUAAUGUAUUUUCACGGAAUUGCUUACCUAUAUGUUUUGCCCUCACCAUCAUUGGACUUGUGGAUAAUUUUGUCGCGUCUAAUUUUGUUCCGUCUAAUUUUGUCGCGUCUAAUUUUGUCGCGUCUAAUUUUGUUCCGUCUAAUUUUGUCUCGUCUAAUUUUGUCGCGUCUAAUUUUGUCGCGUCUAAUUUUGUCGCUCCCAAUUUUAGCCCUUUUAAGGCACUGUUCACUAAUUUCAUGGUGAAGAAAAAAAUAAUUCAUUCAAAUCAGAUGAUAAGUGAAAGAAGAAGCUAUAGAAGAAUUGUUAAUGAAUCAGGGGGUAGAGAAAAAAAUGGUUCUCCUAACAACCCCACUGCGUGGGAUACAUCUGAUGAAUACAGCAAGGUAGGAAUAAUGGCAUUCGAUUUUUUGGAAGAAAUGUUUUUCUUCGUCUUGGGACAAUUCUAUUCCUAUUCUGAAGAAAAAGGUGCGUACACAUUUAUCCCCAUCAUUUUAAGUAAAUUGCUUUACACAUUUAGUUUGAGAAUGAAAUAUAUAAAUGAAAAAAUUAUAAAAAAUUUGCACAAAUCUGAUGUGCUCUCAGAAGUCGAAUUACAUAUAUACAAAAUGAAUUCCAUUCAUAGAAUGAAAAUUUUCGAAAACGUUACUAUGUUGGUACACGAGUUUUUUAAGCGCAAGGAUGAACUGUCAUUAGUUUCAGGACAAAUAUUGGCUGAUCAUUUUAUGAUUUAUGUUGAUAGGCAAAUGUUUAGGGGUGAACAAAAGGAGGUGCAAACCAUUAUAGAAAGAAAUGAAGAGACUAAUGAUGAGACACAUCUUUUCCCCAAUUUGCAACAACCAGCAGAAUAUUUCCCUGAAGAAAUAAGAUGCUUUAAAGUUAUUAAACAAUCAGAGUUUAUGUACUUGAACGAUUUUCUUCCGAUGAAUGAUACAAAAUGGGGUUCCAAGUCAAGGAAAGUUAUGCAUACUAACUCGAUGAUUGUUAUGGGUACUGUUGCUCAAUCGAAUGGUUUUCUUGGAAUGGGUGAUCUAGAGAAAGUAGAGGAAAAUUGUACGAAAUGUGACGAACGACCCCACAGUGGGAAGGGCCAAAUGGGGGGCCAAGCGAGUGAAAAAAUGGGGGACAAGUCGAGUGAAAAAAUGGGGGACGAGUCGAGUGAAAAAAUGGGGGGCCAAGCGAGUGAAAAAAUGGGGGACAAGUCGAGUGAAAAAAUGGGGGACGAGUCGAGUGAAAAAAUGGGGGGCCAAGCGAGUGAAAAAAUGGGGGACGAAACGAGUGAAAAAAUGGGGGACGAAACGAGUGAAAAAAUGGGGGACGAAACGAGUGAAAAAAUAGUAAAGAACCGUCUGAUGAGCAUCCUUCAGAAAUGGCCUAUAGAAGAAGACAAAAAAAAAAAGGAAAACGAUAUGCUGAUGGAAAAUGCUGAUUUGGUAAUAGACAACGAUCUGUACAAUUUAGAUGAGAAGGAAUUCCUAGUUGAGCUAGAUUUGGAAAAUGAAUUUUAUCUGAACGUGGUUCGUAAUAAGAACAUGUAUACAGACCCAGCAGAAGAUUUAUUUGAAUGUUUGAAUAGAAUGAAAAGUAAAGCAAAUUAUAUAGAAAGAAAUAUAGGAGAAAUGAAUUUUGAUCCUUUGAUAUUGAACGAAAGGAAAGAAACAUAUGAUGAGGAAAAUUUUCGGAUCUGUCAAGCAGUGGUGACAUUACCUAAAUUAAUUAAAAAGGAUGAUGUAUUAACAUAUAUAUGUGUUGAAUUAUAUGAAACACUACUUUCUUUAAAGAAUUACUCUUGUAUAUUAAGUAAAGAAGAUGAUUUAUUUGCAACGAUUAAACUUUUCGAUAUGAUUCUCUUGACUAUAAAUUCUCCAGUUGAGAUAACAAAAUUUGUUUUUAAAAAUAUCUACUUGAAUAUGCAUUCAAAUAUUCAAAAGAUGUUAAUGUUGUUGUGUCUUCAGUUCUCUGUGUUGUUUCUUUCAAAUCAUAUUACCCUGCGCGAAAUUUUUCAGUAUGUGAAGAAUCUCACAGAACAGAUGAAUUUGAGCUGUCGAAUGAUGAAAAGGGGAAAGUCUUCUGGAAAUUUCUCCAACUGUUCGAAAUUGCACCAUAAAGUGGAACGAAAUGAAGAUCAUAUAACGUACAACAAAAAUAAUUUAAGUGAGAUUUCAGAAAAUUUUUACAGCCUUUUUGAAAAUCUUCCAAAGAGAAAAAGUAGCCCGUUUAAUGAUCAUAUUGCUGACGGAAGGAUACCAUUGAACAUAUGUGAUAAUUCAAAAAACAAAAGAGAAUCAAAUGACACACAUUUGGAGAAUGGGCCAACGUGCUAUUCUAUGCAUAACUAUAAUGAUCGGGUGAAAGGGGAAGGGUCAAAUGUAUGCUGUCCUAGUACAAAAAUGAAUUCGUACAAUCUUAUGUUGAACAAGUUCGAGAAAAAGAAUGAAAGAAAUGACAUUUGUGAUUUCAGAGAGAAAUGUAGAAAUACAAUGUCUGUUAGAAAUAACAAGUUUUCCAAGAGUAUCCUGAAGCACAAUGAAAAGAAAGCUAAGUUGAUGUCAAAUUUGUGUAUUUUGUUUUUCAAUAAAGCUUACAUCAAAUUGCUAAGUUUGAACAUAAAAAAAGAAGUGAGAAAUAUGGAUUAUGAUGAAUACAAGUUGAGAAAAUAUUAUUCAAAUGAUCCAUCCUUAGUAUUACUUUUAAUUUCAACAUAUAUCAUAUUUUUUAAGUGUUCAUGCAAUUCGAUUUUAUGCAUAAACGACAUUUUGACAGAUGGGUUUACCUUAACAAAUAUUUUUAUUCGAAAUAAAAAUUUUCUCGUUCGAAGAGUAAGUUUUAAAUUGUUGUUUCAUAUGAUUAAUCAUAUUUUAAAAAAAAAAAUGUUUCAUAUAUUGGAAUAUGAAAAUUACAUGAACGUCAUUUCUUACACAUUGGAAAAUAUGCUAAUGGAACAAGACGUGUUAUCCUUGAAUUUCAUGAAGUACAUCUUGGAAGUUCAUGAAUCCAUAAAGGGAGAACAAUUCAGAUGA